AUGACGAUGCCGUUUAGCCCCCUGUCCAGCGACGAGGAGCAACAAAGGAUGCUGGGAAACAAUCGACAUCUCUAUCCUGGGGCAGAAGACGAGGAAGAGGAGGAGGAAGAGGAGGAGGAGGAAAUGGAAGAAGAUGAGCGCGAUGAGGACGGGGAAGAGGAGGAGAACGGCGAGCUGGAGGGGGAAGAGGAAGACGAUGAGGAGGAGAUGGUGGAGGAGGUCCGACGAGGAGGCCUGCAACAAAGAGGCAGAGGUGAGGGACACAGGCAGUCAGGUAAACUGGCUGGACGACCCACUGGGGACAGACAGAUCCGGCCAGGAAACCCUGGACACACUGCUAACCCCUAUUCGUCCAACCCUGGACCCACACACCAACAGCCAGCCAAUCAGAUACAGCAGCAGCAGCAACAGCAGAGGAGGCUGAAGGAUCGCAGUGCCAGCUCAGUGGCAUCUGAGGACGCCCACAUCGCCAUGAUGGUGUUUCGGAUCGGCAUUCCAGACAUAAAGCAAACGAAAUGUUUGCGGUUUAAUCCAGAUGCCACAGUGUGGAAGGCCAAGCAGCAGGUGCUUUGCUCCCUGACCGAAUCUCUGCGAGAUGUACUCAACUAUGGUCUGUUCCAGCCCGCCACAGACGGCCAUGAUGCCAAGUUCCUGGAGGAGGAGAGGCUGCUCAGAGAGUACCCACAGUCCUUUGAGAAGGGGGUACCGUAUUUGGAGUUUCGUUAUAAGACCAGGGUGUACAAACAGACCAAUCUGGAUGAGAAGCAACUGGCCAAACUGCACACUAAGGCCAGCUUGAAGAAGUUCAUGGAUUACAUUCAAACCAGCGCUGUGGACAAGAUGGCCAAGUUCUUAGACAAGGGCCUUGAUCCCAACUACCAGGACACCGACACUGGCGAGACUCCUCUGUCCCUGGCAGUGCAAUGUGAGCCAGGUGGAGGUGAGGCCAUCCGGGUCCUGGUGGAGGGAGGGGCUCAUAUUGACUUCCGUGCCAAAGAUGGACUCACACCGCUACACAAGGCUGUUCGAGGCCACCGCCAUACAGCCCUGCUGGUCCUGCUCUCUCUGGGUGCGUCUCCAGACUACAAGGACCGAAGAGGGCUGACGCCACUUUACCACACUGUGCUGACAGGGGGCGACACCUCCUGCUGCGAAACACUGCUUUACCACCGCGCCAAGCUAGGCAUCAGGGAUGAGAACGGCUGGGAUGAGACGCAUCAGGCCUGUCAGAAUGGUAACUCGCAGCAUCUGGAGCACCUCCUCUUCUAUGGGGCAGAUUCUUCCUCCCAGAAUGCCUCUGGAAACACUGCCUUGCACAUCUGUGCUUUAUACAACAAGGAAAGCUGUGCACGAAUUCUGCUCUACCGGGGAGCAAAUAAAGACACAAAGAAUAACAGUGGGCAGACCCCCUUUCAGGUGGCUGUUAUGUCUGGCCAUUUUGAGCUGGGUGAAAUUAUUAAGAACCAUCGGGAUACAGAUGUGGUUCCCUUUGUGGAGUCUCCAAAGUACGCCCCCCAGAGGCGGGAGAGCUCCCGGACGCUCACAAUACCCCAUCCUCACCCCUUCCUCCGGGCCAACAGUGACAGCAGCAUGAACCUGCCAGACUGGAUGGCAGUGCCCAACGCCCCGAGCACCAACAUCGUCUCUGUGCAGGGCUAUAAGCAUACAGGAACCCUGCGGAGCUCCAGCAGUCCCAGAGGGGCGAGGACACGCUCCCCGUCCCGUGGGAGGAUUGGAGAUAAGGAGGACCGCAGCAGGCAGAGUCGAAGACAGGGACCUGCCCCUGCCACCACCACCACUGUACAGACCGCAGGCCAGCGGAGACGCCUCUACAGCGCCGUCCCAGGACGAGUCUUUGUAGCCACUCGAGCACACUCUGCACAGGGAGAGCGAGAAAUCAGCUUCAAUAAGGGAGACAGGGUCAAAGUGCUGAGUGUUGGCGAAGGCGGGUACUGGGAGGGGACGGUCAGGGGUCGCACAGGUUGGUUCCCCUCUGACUGUGUGGAGGAAGUGAUGCUUCGAAGCCAAGACAACCGAUCAGAGAGCCGUGGAGAACGAGCCAAGCGGCUGUUCCGCCAUUACACUGUGGGAUCCUACGACAGCUUUGACGCUCCCAGUGACUAUAUAAUCAAGGAGAAGACAGUGCUUCUGCAGAAAAAAGACAGCGAGGGUUUCGGCUUUGUGCUAAGAGGGGCCAAAGCUCAGACUCCGAUCGAAGAGUUUACUCCCACCCCGGCUUUCCCUGCCCUGCAGUAUCUGGAGUCAGUCGACGAGGGAGGAGUGGCCUGGAGAGCCGGUCUCAGGAUGGGAGAUUUCCUCAUAGAGGUCAACGGUCAGAAUGUGGUGAAGGUUGGUCAUCGGCAGGUCGUCAACAUGAUCCGGCAAGGUGGCAACAGCCUCAUGGUUAAGGUUGUCAUGGUAACCCGUAACCCUGACAUGGAGGAGGGUUCGAGGAAGAAAAUCCCCCAGCAGAGUAAGAGGCUGAGCACUCCGGCCAUUGCCCUACGAUCCAAAUCCAUGACUUCAGAGCUGGAGGAGAUGGUGGAAAGAGCUGCUACCCCUUGGAAAAAAAAAUCAGAAUUCGAAUCCUCCCAAGUUACAGAGAAGAAGAGGACAGUCUAUCAGAUGGCUCUGAAUAAACUAGAUGAAAUUCUUGCAGCAGCUCAGCAGACAAUCAGCACCAAUGAAGCACCAGGGACACGGGGACAGGGGCCAAAACGAGACAGGGGAAGAAGUUUCUAUGGCAAUGAGCCAAACUAUGGGGAUCAGUCUGGGAUGGGGAUGAUGUCGUCAGGGCUGGGCCUGGGCUAUGAGCGUGGACAGUACACCUCAGGUCACGCCCCACAGCACGGUAUGCUGCGGCAGAAAUCCAUCGGGGUGCCUGAGGAGGAGAAGCAGUUCCUACAUCCUCCAGCCAUGAAGUUUGCACGGAGUCUGUCGGUGCCUGGCCCAGACGACAUCCCUCCUCCUCCCACCACAGCUCCACCGGAUCCUCCAUUUUCCUCUGCUCCGCCACUUGGUUGGAGAGCAAAGUCAUCCCAGCAGCCCUCUGUCUCCGUGUCCCAGUCCACAUCCACCUCUGCACACUACCAGCCCUACUCCCAGGCAGUGCACUUCACCCAUGGAGGCAGGGAGAGGGCGGGUGGUCCCAGCACCGGCCCCAGUGGUGGAGCGGCGGACCACACCACCUCGUAUGCACAUGCAACUGCCCACACUGCUCAAAGCAGGACUGCUUCGCGGAAGGUUGCCUAUACUGGGGAGCCUGUUGGAGCUGGGAUAGGGGCAAGUGCAGGAGCCAAGGCAGCAGGUCUUAGGAGAGGCUACAGCACUGCCGUCCCCCCAUCCAGCAUUGCCACUGUAAUGCCCCAGCAACAACAGACUACCCAGAGUCAACCCCAGCGUGCAGACCGCAGUGCAGCUGGGGCUGGAGCGGGUGGUCCUAAAGGAGGGGCCCGGAGAGGUAAGGGUCCUCUGGUAAAGCAAUCUAAGGUAGAGGACCUACGCAUGGGCCAGGGUACACUGGGGGGCAAAGGCUCAGUGGAGAAAAGCUCCAUCCCGAUCCCCACUAUUAUCGUCAAGGCCCCUUCAACCAGCAGCAGUGGACGGAGCAGUCAGGGCAGCAGUGUGGAGGCUGAUGUUCCUGCAUCAGGAGAAGCAGAUGAAGUCAAAACACCGCAUGGUCCUCCUCCGUCCACUCCUGCUCCACAGCCCCCUGCUCCACCGUCCAUCCCAGCUCCACCGCCUCCAUCCUUGCCUUCUAUGCGAGCCCAGGAUAACCUGGACUUUACCAGCCAGUUUGGGGCUGCCAUUGUUGGUGCAGCUCGCCGAGACAGGGAGCGGUUCCAUGAAGCCCGCAGAAAGAGUGCCUCCUUGUUCAUGUCUGCUGAGGAGGAUGUGAGUCUUGGGGGGGUAAGUGAUGGAAUAGGAGGAGUAACAAGGACUCAGGUGUCACAGCAACAGCUUAGCGCACAGGCUGAAAGUUCAUCAACACGGCUGCGCCCGUCAAAGUCCAUUGAUGAAGGCAUGUUUUCUGGUGAUACCUUCAUCCAUCACACUCGCAGUAUGCCCCCCGCCUUUGGCCUUCCUGAGUACUCCUCACCUGCCCUGGACUAUCAGCCCAAGUCUGUGCCUACUGAUCUGUACACAGCAGCAGGCAGACAGCCAGCACCCUCCACUACCACCACCUUCAUUCACCCUCUAACAGGGAAGGCUCUUGACCCCACAUCCCCACUAGGUCUUGCCCUGGCUGCCAGAGAACGAGCUCUGAGGGAUGACAGCAGGUUAAGAAGUCGAACAGAGCACCAUUUCACGCGCCAGAUGUCGAGUGUGGUGUUUCCUUCGUCUACUGUCACCUCUCAGCCAGUGUCGUCCGCUGCCCAGUCCUCAAGCUCCUACCUGGUCACCUCCUCUUCCUUGGCUGCCACCACGCCCACUGUUGGCCGGCCACCCUCACCCAGAAUCCUCAGAGGAGUCGGGAGUGUCUGGGGUGAGGAAGGUGGUGGAGGGGAGAGGGAGCGGGAAGGAGGAGGGGCUCGUGAGGGGCUGAGAGUUCGCUUCUCUGAGGACAAAACGGUGCACACACACCACUAUCAGUCACAGCCGUAUCAACCAACCUACAAGGAGAGGGAGCGGGAGAGGUCAAGGGAACGGGAGAGGGAGCUAUCGAGAGAGAGGGAGAGGGACAAAGAGAGAGAAGGUUACAUGAGGAGAGCAGAGCAGGCUGCGGCUAAUGCAGCUGCUGCUGAUAGCGCUGCUCAGCAGGCAUCUCAGUCUCAGCAGCCUCGCAGGCCGUCUUUUCUCAGGAUGGAAAGUCAAGCUGAUGCCUAUAUCUUGUCCCUCACACCUCCCUCUCCUCCACCUACCGGUACACAGCAGACAGCGAACACUACUGGGAGCACUGGGAGCGGCCUGAUGGUUCUUCCCCCUCCUGCCCCCUCAGUUGAUGCAGAUGAUGAAUUUGUGUAUGCAGACCCCCUCCCACCUCCGUUAGAGUUUGCUAACAGCUUUGACAGGGGAAUAUCGGGAUACGCUCAACGCGGGAUGCUCUCCAACAGCCUGGCCUCCCGCCAACAGCAAGUCCCACCCCCUCCACCUCCUCCUCCUCCCCCACCACCGCCACCCCCUCCACCCCCCCAAAAAGAACAAUUUGUAAGUGGGUUUCCUGCUCAUACACCCCUGCCCUCACCUCAGGCAGGAGACUCCACCGCCUCUAGCCUCACAUCUUACGACAGUGAAGUGGCAAACCUGACUCAGUCUGCUCCUUCUCCGUCACAGACAUCACCCAACCCACCACCCCCUCCCUCACCCUCCACUCUACAGCCCACCUCAGGCCCUCCGCCUCCUCCAUCAGUCUCACCCCCACCUCCUCCUGGAUCCUACCACAGACCCUUCUCUAUGUCCCACCACCUUUACAACAGCACACAUACACCCGGGCGCUCCUCACCCACGCCUCCCCCACAUGCAGUCGCACCUCCUCCAGCCUACCGUGGUUCCCAAGCACCCUCUUCCACUGCUGCCACCUCUGUCCCACAUAGGGGCACUGCCUCCCAUGCCACGACCGCUAGCUGUGCUGCUACAACCACCGCUGCUGCCACCACAACAAGCACCUCCACUCAGCUCUACCAGGAGCGAACACAUACAACAUCCUCCACCGGCAUCAUGGGAGGUCGCAGGGCAGGGGAGCACCACCGUCCUCCCCCCACUACCAAGAAAGGAGAGUCCCAGGAGACCGUGGUGGACUCUGGGAUUGAAGAACUGGACAGCCGCAGCAGCAGUGACCAUCACCUGGACAGCAUCCUGGCUCUAAGUGGAGCCGGUGUCCGGGGAGACAGACUGGACCGAGGAGAGAGAGUUGGAGCUGGAGGACGGAUGGGAGGGGGAGGUGGGACAGGGGAAACAGACAGGGGAGGAGAUUUUCUGGAAUCUUACAUGAGCUAUCUGGAUGGACAAACUUUUGAGAUGCAGAAUGCCACAGCAGCAGCCUCCACUUACCCUAAAACCAACAGGUACAGAGAGGGAGGUCGCGCCGGGGAGCUACACAGACAGACCAGCACUGCUCCUCCAUCCUUCCACUCCCACAGACGAAGAGAUGAACAGGAUGACGACGAGCUCGAGGAGGGAGUGACAGAGGAUGAGAGUGGCCAGGAUGGUUAUGGUGUAAGGGACAUGCAGAACUUAGGACGUCCCACUUCACCAUACUUUGAUCGGCCACGCACUCCUGAGAUGAAGCCCCUCUGGGGCGACAGUCAGAUGUCCGGUGACGGCCAGUCGCUUUUGGAGGGAAAGAAGAUUUAUCCUCCGGCAUCCAGUAUGAAGCCCAGCAUCAUCAACGAGCUGAGCAGCAAACUGCAGCAGAGAGGCAAGGACAGCUGGAGCAGCCAGAGACCCCUGAGCAGACACAGCAGAAACAGAUUUUCAGAAGACUCAGCCUCAGCUCUGAGCCCCCCCUCAGCUCGAUCUCAGUCACCGUCUCCAAUCUCGUUAUCACAACCAUCAUUAUCUCCGUCCCCCACUCCUGCCUCCCAGUACCCCAACUGGGGACGAUCUCCGUCUCCUCAGCCUCCAGCAGCUGUUCAGCCUCCACGUUCACAUUCCCCGCUGUCCCCGACAUCUUAUUCCCCUUACCCUACCUCCCCCAAACACAGACCUGUGUACCGGACCAAAGCCCUGGAAUUCCAGUUCAUUCCAAGUCGUGAGUCCCGUAAAGCAGAAUCACACAUCCUCCAGCGUAGGCGAGCACCCAGCCCCCUCAUCUCCCCAUCAGAGAGGCCCAAGCUGGGCCCACCACGCCCAUCGUCCCUUCCCCUUCUUCCUACCACACCUCUAUAUAGUGCCAUCUAUGACCUCAGAGGUUCAAUCACCCCACCAUCACCUGGAAACCCUCUUGGAGAUCCGUAUUUCUCUCCCUCUCCCCCCCUGUUUGCCCCCUCUGGUGCACCUCCUCCUCCAAACUCAACCUUAGUUGUUUCUCGAUCCCUUUCUCCAACUCAUUUCCUGUCUGGGACCUCUUCACCACCCUUGCACCCCCUCCCUCCACCUCCCUGCUUGAGUUACCCCCAUCUGCCGCCCCCUUCCCCUACGAAGCCUUUUGCCUCCAAGCCGCUGCCCUACUGGACCAAGUAUGAUGUUGCUGACUGGCUGGGGUACCUGAACCUGGGUGAACACAGAGAGCGUUUCCUGGACAAUGAGAUUGAUGGCACCCACCUGCCCUCCCUGACCAAGGACGACUAUCUGGAUUUGGGUGUGACACGAGUGGGUCACCGCAUGAAUAUAGAACGAGCCCUGAGGACAGUAAUGGACAGGCUGUCCAGCAGCCCGUUUCCCAUUUCUGUUCUCUCACCUCGGGACGGACAGACUGAGAGGAGGAGGGACGACGGGAGUCGAAGCUGAGGUUGCAAAUGCAGAGACAGAAAGAGAGGCACAGAGGGACGGAAGGAGGGGUUGAAGUCAAUGAGGGAGGAAGACACAACUGCUGCUAUCCAUGGUGGAUUCACACAACAAAUGAGGGGGGAACAGAUUUCACACCGAGAGCAACCGAAAGAGGGACUCGAGUCCCAAAGGGAGAUGGAACACGGGGAUGGAAGAAGGACUGACGAUCCAUAAAGACACCGUCUGGCGCUCUCCAGUUGUGCCAGGCUGAUUUACACAAGUGCACUCCCCACAUACAUGCAUGCACGGUCACACUAAUCAACACGAGUAACACAAACACCCUCUCAUCCAAAAUGUGUACGAAGACUCUAUGGCUGCAGCAGAGAUUACAAGAGAUGAAACCGAACCAAAUACUUAAGAGGAACAAUAAAAGCCGGUUAGAUUUCCUAAAAAUCUGAGCAGGUUGUAUUGUUGGCUACGAUGAAGGUGUCUUCUGUCAUGCAGUCAUCCUCUUGCCCCUCAGCUGGCGGGUUCAAUCUGUUCAGGUUUAAGAACAAGAAUAUUUAGCGUGCAAUCACUGACCACCCCUCCCUGUGUGAGUGGAUGCUGCUUUUAAAACAUGAGUACUUGAGGGUGAGUGUGUGCAGGCUUUAUUUAACGUAGGGCGACGCAGGGCAGUAUAUCACGACAGCUUCCACGUCUUUUAGAGGUGACGAAGGCGCAGAUGGAAAAACUCGUGUCCUCGGUUCAGGCCGAGGCGGCUCGCUGUGGCUUUGAUCGGUUACGUCUUGUUUUUACCUCACCACUGGUAGGGCUCUGUCCUCACUGCAGAUCCUGUCAGCAGGAUCAUAUGUGUUUCUCUAUAGCUCUUUAUCAUCUUAAGUCUUAUAAUGACAUAUAUACAGACUGGUCACUGUAUCACAAAUUUGUAGCAAAAAUAAGUGCCCAGACCAACAACAUAAAAAAAUAAAUAGACACACUGAUAUGCACACACAGGCACCCAAGUUACUACUAUACAUGCCUGCAUGCAUACACCAACAUGUAGACACACAGAUAAACACAAGCACUUACCAGUGUUUGUGUUAGAAUUUAUGGGACACCUUAUAUAUAGACACACACUAUGUUUGGAUCCAAGAUGUACUUACACAAAAAGGAGACAGACUGUGCUUUCAACUGUUAGACGGGGAUUUGUGACAAUGCGGAGAGAAAUCUUCCAGAGGAUUUUAUUUACCGA